CCAAAAAAAAAUUUUGGUUCGAACAUUGUUGUCCAAUAUACAUCAUCAAUCUCCUAUCCAACGGCUCAAAACGGAAGGCAAGCAACCACCCAGCAACACCAAAGCGUUUCCCGUACACAAUUGACACUCUCGGCCUACAGGUCCUCAAGAAUCUAAUCUGCAGCCCCCCACUUUCGCCGCUCCUUCUUCUUUCGUUUGUCGUACAAGGUCUUUCUUGGCCGUAUCGGACAUCUUCAAAACCGACACGCAAUGGCUGAAACUCCAUCUCAGUCGCCACCACGAUCUGUGCCGGAGGCGGAGACGGAGACGGAGAUGCUGCAGUACUGGUGCUACCACUGCAACAAACGCGUGUCCAUCGAAACCCUUGCCAAUCUGCCGGACAUCAUCUGCCACGAGUGCAAGAACGGGUUCGUCGAGUCGAUCCCGGCUGUGUCGUAUGCACAGUCGGAUCCUCCAUCUGAAUCGACGGAUCAGGUUGACGACCCGACUUUCGGCUCUCCCUUCCUCCAGGUGCUCCGUUUAAUCGCUCAAGCGGCGCGUGAAGAGGACGCUCCACCACCGCUGCCACAAAAUCCUUUGCCCGAGGAUGAUUUCUUCAGGAUUGAGAUGGACGGGUGGGACAACGACGAGGACGAAGACGAUGCGCACAGUGUUGAGUUUCACAACCAAGGAGGUGAGGAAAAUGAAGAAGCCGGAGAGGAAGUAGAAGACGAAGAAGAUAGAUCGGAUAACGAGGAUGAAGAGAACCAGGAGGAUCAGCAAGAGACCGAUGAACAAGACGUGAGACGACGUCGUCGCGAUGUGCUUCGUCUCCGCAUCCGAGACAUUGCGACCCGAACAAGGACCGGGAGGAACCGGAUUCUGGACUGGGCUGAGAUCUUGAUGGGACUGGAGGACAACUCGAUCGAGUUCCGGCUUGAGGUACCCGAAUCGGACCGAUAUAUCGGCAAUCCCGAGGAUUACGUGGACGCAGCUGGCUAUGAGGCUUUGUUGCAGACCUUGGCUGAAAGUGAUAACGCUGGAAGGAGAGGGGCUCCACCGGCGUCCAAAAACGCCGUAUCUGAGUUACCGACGGUCAAAAUUGCGUCGGAGGAUGAGGCCUUAGUGUGCGCCAUAUGCAAGGAUAUGGUGAAUGUUGGUGAAGUGUCGAAGAAGCUGCCGUGUGGGCAUGGGUACCACGGUGAUUGCAUUGUGCCUUGGCUGAGUUCCAGGAAUUCUUGCCCGGUUUGCCGGUUCGAGCUGCCCACCGAUGACCCUGAAUACGAGGAGCAGAGGCAGAGGCAGAAGCAAACUAUGAUUAUCAGUGCAGCCGGAGCUUCCGGUUCUGGUGGAGAUAAUUCGGUCUCCCAUUGAUUCGAAUCGGUAUCACUGUUUCUGCUAUUACAACCCUCCUCCCCUUCUCUUUUUUUCUUUUUCUUUUUCUUUUUGUAUUUGUAAUUUAUUUACUUGCUUUUGUUUGUUUAUUAGUUUAGUAGACGAUUCUAAGAAGAAAUUGAGAUCUGUUUUCAUUU